UUAGUGAUCCUGAAGUUAGUUGACGCUUAAUAAUUUUUUGAUAUAUUUUUUUAUGAUAAAUUAUAAAAAAAAAGUAUUUUAAAUAAUUGCACAGAGUUUUUUGAAUUUUCUGCAGGCAUAUUUUUAGUUUUUUUUUUUUUGCAAUUGGUUUGGCGGUAAAAAUUCAAAAAUUUUUGUCUGCUCGGGGUCAUUUUGUUGAUUCCAUGAUUACCAACUUAAUAAAAAAAAAGUGUAUAAAUAAAAAUAAUAAUAAAUUUACAAGUAUUUAUCUACACUCGAAAAAAUAAUAAAUCAUAUUGGAAUUGGAAUUAAUUAUUUGAUAUACUGAUAACAUCAAAAUGAGUUACGGAAAAGAUGAAACUAAUGGAUUGAAAAAAAAUCUCGAAGAUCAAUUGGAGCGACUGGUGAAGCAGUUAGAAGAUUUAGAAGAAUGCCGAGAAGAUUUAGAGUUAGCAGAGUAUGAAGAAACUAAAAAUGAUACUAUUGAGCAGUUGAAAGAACUAAAUGAUAGUCUGCGAAGAAUAAUAUCCGGAGAUAUAACUUUAGUUGAUGAGUUGGGUGCGAUGCAACUGGCUACUCAGGCAGCAAUUAGCGCUGCUUUUAAAACCCCAGCUGUAAUAAGGAUGUUUGGUAAAAAAGAACCAAAGCUACUGAGAGAACGGCUGUCAUUAAUUGAACGUGACGCUAAACUUGGGAAAUUGAGUAAAGAAGCCAGUGACAGACAGAGAGUCGAAGUAUUGACGGCAUUGAAGCACUUGGGUGAAACGUUAAGUCAAUCUGAGUUGGAAUUAAUACAGAGACUUACACUCGAUAAUAUUGACACGACGGAUUUUGUUCAAGUAUCUGAUUAUGCUGAAAAAAGUCAAGUAGCUCGGGCUAUCGUUAGUCAAGAAGUUGAAGAUAAUAAAAAAAAUUAAAUAUGAUUCAUUUGUUUAUUGUUAUUAAAUUAAUUUUACAUGAUAAUUUAUAACAAACAAAAUUGUUAUUUAUUUAUUUAUUAAUUAAUUAUUUUUGUUUAUUUUUUUUAUAAGAUUUAUACUCAUAAAUAUAACGGUAUUUUUAUAAGAUGAACAAAAAAAUUGAAAAUCAAAAUAAUAACUAUUAAAAUGA